ACAACCUGAAGAACCCAUUCUAUUUUCUCCCGCUCGCUUGGUUUUCGUCCAACCUCUUUUGCUCUAUCUGCUUCUCGUUCUUCCUUGUCUUCCUUAGCUCUCCCUCUCUCUCUGCCUCCUGCGUCGCCAUGGAUGAAGAAUACGACGUUAUCGUCCUCGGCACCGGUCUCAAGGAAUGCAUUCUCAGCGGUCUUCUUUCCGUCGAUGGCCUAAAAGUACUGCAUAUGGACAGAAAUGAAUACUAUGGAGGAGAGUCAACAUCACUUAAUCUAAUUCAGCUUUGGAAGCGAUUCAGGGGCAAUGACAAGCCUCCUGAGCAUCUGGGCUCGAGCAAAGAGUACAAUGUUGAUAUGAUCCCUAAGUUCAUGAUGGCCAAUGGUGCUUUAGUACGUGUCCUCAUCCAUACUGAUGUUACUAAGUAUCUGAAUUUCAAGGCUGUUGAUGGCAGUUUUGUAUACAACAAAGCGAAGAUUCAUAAAGUUCCAGCUACUGAUGUUGAGGCACUUAAAUCCCCACUUAUGGGACUAUUUGAAAAGCGCCGUGCUCGGAAAUUCUUCAUUUAUGUGCAAGACUAUGAAGAGAGUGAUCCAAAAUCUCAUGAAGGGCUGGACCUGAACAAAGUUACAGCAAGAGACGUUAUUUCAAAAUAUGGUUUGGAUGACAAUACAGUUGACUUUAUUGGUCAUGCUUUGGCCCUCCACAAAGAUGAUACUUACUUGGAUGAGCCCGCUAUGGAUUUUGUGAAGAGGAUGAAGCUAGGGCGCAGACCUUGGAUAUUAUUCUUACCUGAUAUGAUAAACAUCCUGUCCGUUUCCCAUGGACUCAUAGCAUGGUACCUGUUCUGCUGUUCCUAUUCACAUAAUGUAGCUCCGAAAGGGAAAUACAUUGCUUUUGUUUCAACAGAAGCGGAGACUGACCAACCUGAAGUAGAAUUGAAGCCUGGGAUAGAUCUACUUGGACCAGUAGACGAGAUGUUUUUUGAUGUUUAUGACAGAUAUGAACCAAUCAACAACCAUGAUGUUGACAACUGCUUCCUAUCUACUAGUUAUGAUGCAACAACACACUUUGAGACCACGGUAAAAGAUGUGAUCAACAUGUACAGUAAGAUAACUGGAAAGACUCUUAAUCUUUCUGUGGAUCUGAGUGCUGCUAGUGCUGCUGCCGAAGAAUGAAAUCAACUGAAUGUCUUCCUUUGCCCAAAAUACAAAUUUAAGAACUCAUUCAUUGUUCCUUUUCCUUCUUCUCUCCCUUUCUUUUCAACAGCUAAAUCUUCACUAAGUUGUCCUUGAAUUGUUUAUUUCGUACAUAAAGCAGCAGGCACCCUCAGUUAAUAUGCUACCUUCAUUUUGUCUUCGUA